AUGUCAGAUGCAUCGGCUUCCUCUAGCACACCCACUCAACCCGAAGUGGAAUCAUCACCAGCAAAAAAGAGAAAAUCAACGUCGGCAGCAUCGGGAUCAUCUGCAAAGAAAAAAACAAAACAAGUGAAUUUAGCCAAGAAAUUACAUUCAUUGGAAAAGGAACAAAUUAUUGUUUUGAUUACGGAGCAACUACCACAUAGAUUCCCAGAAAAGUAUGGAGAAAUUGAAGCAGAUGUGUUGACUGUGUGUCCUGAUCAAAAUAUUAAUAACGUCGUGAAUGAAUUGAACAUUUUGCAUCGUAACAUUCAAAAGGCUUUUCCGCGUGCAAAAUAUGGAUCCAAUCGAGAUGAUUAUGCAUUUAAACGAGUCAAGCCAUGUUUGACAGCUUUCAAAAAAGGAGUCAGUGAAAAAAUUAAGGAAGUGAAGGAUGGUCAAAACUGGCAUUUAAUGUGUGACUUUCUUAACAAGCUUUUGAAGCUCGUGGAAGAUUUACCAGAUUUUGACACUGCAAAAAACAACAAAACCAAGACUGCACUUUUUAAACAAUGUGCCACCAAUUAUGAAGCAAUGCUCAAAGCUAGAGAUUGUGAUUUAUCAGGCGACGAGCUGGAUAGUAUUAGUGCAGCAAUUACUGAUAGUGGCCAAAACACAAAUUCAGAUUUUGCAGAUGUUAUUGAGAGACUCAAAAAGAAGAAGGAAGCAUUGGAAAAGUAG